UCAUCCCAUUGACCAUUGACAGAGAGAAGGUGAAUACAGCGUCUGGGGGACUUCUCGUCUCUCUCUCUGUCUGUCUGUCUGCUGGCAACCUGAUCGACUUGCAUCACCAACGCCCAUAAAGUAGCAAUAUACAGGAAAUAAACCUAGGUGCUAGAAGAAGAGCAUCCGACCGGCUCAAUUGUUCCAGUGCAGCGGUCGUGAUUUUGGAGUGAAGCCUAUUGUAUAACGUUAUCAGUUAUAGUUCUCUGAUGUAUUACAUCAACUGUAUAAGUUAGCUGCUUUAUUACUGUGUACCGUUAGCUAGCUCUCUCUAACCUGGACCGAUACAACGUUGACUUCGACUGUUUCACUCCUGUCUGACGUUAAACGAAAAAUGGCAACCCAAAUCGAUAAAGAGGCUUGCAGAGAAGCUUACAACCAAGUCAGAGACGAUAACACGGACACCAAUUGGACUGUGUUUAAAUAUGAGGGCUCUAUGAUCGUGCCUGCAGGACAAGGGGCUGACUAUGAGGACUUCAAGAGGAUGUGCACAGAUGAUGCCCGUCUGUUCGCCUUCGUCCGGAUCACAAUGGGAGACACCAUGAGCAAACGAGCCAAGUUCACUCUCAUCACCUGGAUCGGUGAGAACAUCAGUGGGCUGCAGCGCGCCAAGAUCAGCACCGACAAGGCGCUGGUCAAAGAGAUCGUGCAGAACUUUGCCAAGGAGUUUAUGUUUAGUGACCCGAGGGAACUGGAAGCAGACAACAUCCGCACAGAGCUGAAGAAGGCUGGUGGAGCCAACUAUGAUGCUCAGACCGAGUAGAGAAGUGCCAUGGUUCACUGGAAGGG